UCGUCGUGUGUUGCCCUUUGUGGCCACCAUGCCGCCAGCAUACACACCAGCUCGAGGGAGCCAUGAGUUCAUCAGGUUGGUUGAACACACCACCAAUGCAUUGGUGACGAAAGACGAUGGGGCGCUGGAGGAGGUCAAAAAGGCUUUGAUCCAGGUGCACCAGCAGUUCGACCAAGUCCACGAGGAAUCAGAAGCCAAACAGGCUCGCCUGAAUCGCCUGCGAGAAGAGAUCCGUACUGCGGACCAGCAGCAUGUGAAUAAAGGGGAUUGGAGCAAGAAGAUGGACGAGACCUGGAAUGCCUUAUCAACGCAGUACCUGGAGGUCAAGAAGCGCAACCAGGACUCCUUGCUGAGCAAGAAAGUUUACCAACAUAUGCUGAAGCGAACGCAGAGGGAACAGGCCAUCUUAAAGCAGAAGCUGUUCCAAAUGGAGGAGCACUUGGAUCGGAAGAAGCGAGAACUCCAACAGAAACGUGCCGAGAGCGAGCAAGCGAGGUGUGCAAGAGUCCAGAUCCACCAGACGCUGGAGAACUAUAGUGAGGAGGCGACCCGAGAGCGCGACGUUUGCAAGUCAGCCUUGGAGGCUAUCAAUGGUGAGUUUGAGAAACGAAAGGAGGCAAAUGGAAGGCGAGCAGACUUCGAGAGCUGGAGACACGAGGUGGCUCUGGAUGCUGCCAACGAAGCCUUCAACACCUCUGCUGGCCGCCUCCGAAAGCUUUAUGCCAUCGAGAAACUCUCUGGGAAUUUUCUGCAGAAGACCACCUUCGAACAGGUGGAACGAUCACAGACCACCGAAGAUAACUUUCAAAAGAUCCGAGACGUCACGGGCCUUGCGGACGUAAUGGACAUUGUGCACAAGUUCCUGAACCGCGAUGUAGAACAGGAACAGCUGAAGAAAUCCGUGAAGGAAGCGGAACUAACCCUGGAGGCACUACUGCACAAGAAUGAGAAGCUGAAAAAGGAGAUGGAAGGUCUUCCAGUGAACAGCGCGGAUGACCCCAUGGCCUUGCACAAGGAGCUGGAACAGGCAGAACAGAAGCUCAAUGAAGCCAUCGAAGAGCAAGAGGCCUGCCGUGUCCGCCUGCAGAAGACGACCAUCCAAUCAGAGCACAUGAAACGCUGGGCUGCAAGAAUGGGACAAGUCUUGGCCAAGUUCGAAGAGCCUGCGAAGGUGGACAAGCCAGAAGACCUACCAGCCUUCUUCAAGAAAUUGGAAAGUGCAGUACGGAAGUUCAUUAAGAAAGUCUCUGAUCAGAUCAAGGCUGGAAAGAUCAAUAGGAAGACGUUCAGAGAUUUUGAGAAAGUUGAGAACGAGGAGCAAAAGAACCUGCUCAACAACCACAGCUUUUUGAAAGACAACUGCCGUGCACAAGCCAGUGAUGUUCAAGCCGCUGGCAUUGGUCGACCAACUUCGCGGCAGGGUGAUGGAAAUGAGGAUGAUCCAGCGACCAACUUCCAGGAAGACAGGGAGAAGUGUAAGAAUGAGGCGGAGGCGCGGGUGCGAGCACAGAAACGCCCUGGCAACUGAGCUUAGUGGCUUGAUGCGUGGCUGUGGCGAUUGCUUGACCUUUGGUUGUUUGGUUUUAGAGGUGACAUGGGUGACAUGGUGUUGUUUG